CAAGGGCCGGAGAUUUAACCUGGCACCCUUCGCCGCGCUAAAGAAAGAAACCCCAAACUAUUAAAAGACUACAAGGAGAGAUUUCAUCCUGUCGUGGUCGCCUCCCCGCGCGACUUUCUUUUACCCUCUUCCAAAAGUGAACCGUACCACUAUCUCCACUCUAAGUUUCCCUAGUUGCUCGCUUGUUCCCAUUCAUCCCGCAUCGGUCCACCGGCUCGCCUUCAUUGAUCCAUGCUCCUCUUGCUGUUCCCUGUGCAACCACGCCUGUCGCUCCCGUCCACGCCCGCCUGCCCUUAGUCUGCUGCGCAGAUUCGACUCCCCCCUCAACCACCCCCCCAACCCGGUCCCAAUCGGCCUCAGUACACGAUGGCCGAGACCGUCAUCUCAAAUGGCGGUCCUAUCGCCGAGGACAACAUCAUCAACCGCCGCGGCGGGGAAUCCAUAUACCAGAGCUGCGUCAAUCUCAAGAAGCGUUUAGCAGAGGUGCCCAACUUCGAACCUCAUUUGCAAGAGAUGGAGGAGGCGGAUCUCGUGCAAGGCAACACCGAUCCCGUGGCCUCGCUGUGGAAUUGUUUGCGGAAUGGAUACCCCCUCCUGGCCAUCUACAACGCCUCGGGCCCAGAUGAGAAUCUGGAGAUUGAUCCCGCCAAGGUGCCCGAGGCCAAACGACCCAAGGCCGCCACCUUCAAGUUCCUGCAAGCCUCGCUGCAGGAACUAGCGUUUCCCCAGCAGGAUUGCUUUCUAAUCACCGACUUGUAUGGGGAAAAUACCACCGGCUUUCUCAAAGUGAUCAAGAUGGUGAAUCGCGUUCUGGACAUCCUGGAGAUGCAGGGACAAUUGAAGCGACCGUCGGACGAAGCAGCACGCGCUCCGGUGAAAGGCGCCGUGAAGCUGACAAAGCGAGAACACAUCCUCAAGGAGUUGCUGGAAACGGAGCGCGACUAUGUCCACCACUUGCAAAAUCUCCAAGCCUUGAAGAAGGAGUUGGAAGAAACGGGAGCCCUAACAGGAGAUCAUAGCCAUCAAAUCUUCCUGAACCUGAAUAACCUCCUCGAUUUUGCACAGCGAUUUUUGAUUCGGAUCGAGCAGCAUUACGCUUUGCCCGAAGAGAGACAGAACUGGGGCGAAUUAUUUACACAGCAUGAAGAAGCAUUCAAGCAAUACGAGCCCUUUAUAGCGAACCAGCUGAGAUGUGAUGAGGUCUGUCUGAGAGAAUGGGAUAAGAUCCGCGUGGCCCCGCGAUCUCUGGACUUGCAACAAAUGGUGGCGCAACCCGCAACGCUGAACGGCUUUUUCGUCAAACCUUUCCAGCGCCUGACCAAGUACCCUUUAAUGCUCAAGGAGCUCGGCAAGCAGAUGGAGAACCCCGAUCUCCAGAACGAUAUUCAGCGGGCAAUCGAUGCCAUCCAGUCGGUUCUGGACUCGGCCAACGAUGCCAUUGACAAGGAACAUCUGCAGACAGCGGUUAAGGAUCUGGAUGACCGCGUUGACGAUUGGAAGGCACUGAAAAUAGAGGCCUUUGGAGAUCUGUUGCGAUUCGGCACGUUCUCCGUCAUCAAAGGUGACAACGGAAAGGAUUCCGAAAGAGAGUAUCAUAUAUACCUCUUUGAGCGGAUUCUACUAUGCUGCAAGGAUAUCAACCCUAACAAGCAGAAGACCAAGUUGAUGGUCGGGAAGGACAAGCCUGCCACGACUGGCAAGGGCAAACCACGCCUUCAGCUCAAAGGCCGCAUCUAUAUGGCAAAUGUGACGGAUGUCCUGUGUAUGCCGAAGCCAGGAUCAUAUCGAAUCCAGAUCUUCUGGAAGGGCGAUCCAGGUGUCGUCGAUAACUUUAUCAUUCGCUAUCAAAACGAGGAUGUCAUGCGCAAAUGGAGCCGGGACAUCGAAGCACAGCGAGCAAUCCAAGCCGAACAGCGCAGCGCCCGCAAUACCAGCACAUCCGAGACUGAAUUCACGUACAUGAAGUCCAUGGCCAACAUGCCCAAUCCCUACCAGCAGGAGUAUGACGAAGAGCAGGCUGCAACCAAGGAAGCUGCUUUCUUCUCCGAGUUUCCCAUGAGUCGGAACGCCUCAAGCACGAGUCUCCGGACUCGUUCAGCAACAGGCGGCAGUGGCAGCUCUGGUCCGGUUGGUCGUCCGCCCCGCUUUCCUGUGCCUGAUCCCAGUCUGUCGGUACAUACGCAGUUCCCCGGUGGCAGUAUGUCACCAGCUGAGAGGAACGCCAACUCUUAUUUCUCCCCGGUUGCCGAAACCCCAUCGACCAGGUCCAGUUCGCAGUCUACCGGCUACUUUAGCAGCCGACAGGCCACACCUACCAACAAUUGGAGCGAAGACCACCCUCGCUACACGGCUCCUGCCUUGUCUCGAGCUACGUCCAGGGAUGGCCCCAACUCCAACCCCUAUUUCAAUGGCGCGUCGAAUGGACGAAGCGCUCAGCGUCCCUCGCUACCUCCCAUGUCGGGAGGUUCCGCUCAGGCAGCUAAUGGCAUGGCACAGCGGAUGCGGUCCGCUAGUAGUCCCGAUAUCCACAACGCCGAGCUCCGUCGGUAUAUGCAGUCGAUGGAGUCUGUUCCUGUCCCACCUAUCCCCGCUCAUAUGGCCAGCAUGAAGGCGCCAGUCAACCGAAGCCAGAACAACUCCCCUACCUCCAAUACUCAACUUCCCAUUCGGAACGCCAACCACCUUUCCAACUCGCAACAUGUCUCUCCCACCCACUUCAAUGAGCCUCAAUAUGGCGAUCACCGGCCCAACACGGCAGCUACCGAUCAGCCAACCUCCCCCUUGAGCUAUGAGCCCGACGAGGAGCCACUCAUGCCCACGCAGCUCAAGGUGAAGGUCAACUUUGAUGAUAACUACGUUACGUUGGUCAUUGCAAGCAACAUCAUGUUCCGGUCCCUGAUCGACCGAGUAGACGCCAAACUGGCUCGCUUUACUACCAAGUCGAUAACGAGCAAGUCAGUCCGACUCCGAUACCGGGACGAAGACGGAGACUUUGUGACCAUUGACAGCGACGAAGCGGUUCAGUUGGCUUUCUUGGAAUGGCGGGAGCAGCAGCGUGAUAUGCUCGCCCGGGGCCAAGUUGGGGAGAUUCAACUGUACUGCCAGGCAGUCGAGACCUAGGUGUGCCAGAGUCGAAACGCCAGAGUCGAAACAGAGCCGCAGCAAUGUCGGAUGCUU